GUUGACCAUGGCGGCCUGGAGGGGUAUAGCGGGCGUGCAGAGGUUGCUGGGGUUACCGAGGCUGGCGGCCCGCGCGGCCUCCUCCGGCUCUGCCGCCGGCUCUGCCGCCCUCCAGGUGCCCCCGGGGGCCAGCCGGACGCGGGCGGCGCCGGCGCACGCUGAUGACGACGACGAGGAGGAGGUCCCCGUUUACUUUAAGAAUCCAGAUUACCAUGGCUUUCAUGAUGAUCCUGUUGUCGAUCUGUGGAACAUGCGACUGGCUUUCUUUUUCGGCAUAUCCCUUACCAUUGUUGUGGGCACCGCCUUUGUACACUACCUGCCGGACCGAGGGCUGCAGGAGUGGUCCCAGCGGGAAGCCGAACGAAAGAUAAAAGAGCGGGAGGCACGUGGACUGCCCCUCCUCGACCCCAACUACUACGACCCCAGCACGAUCGUGCUACCCCCGGAGGACGAGGAAUGA